GCUGCUGGCGGGGCUGCGGACAUCAGUUCAGUGAACCAAGCGACCUGAUGAGGAUUGCCGUGGUCUUCUUGUGUGUGGCCCUGAUGGCCGUGGUCGCCCACGCCUCGCCGGGCCGGAGGUACGGCGGCGGCGGCGGAGGUGGAGGCAAGAGCCGGGGAGGCGGAGGCGGCAGGAGCUACGGAGGAGGUGGAGGAAGCAGGGGUGGUGGAGGAGGAGGAUAUGGUGGAGGAGGAGGAGGAGGAGGUGGAAGAAAGAGUGGUGGUGGAGGCGGAGGAGGAUAUGGUGGAGGAGGAGGAGGAGGAAGAAAGAGUAGUGGUGGAGGUGGAGGAGGAUAUGGUGGAGGAGGAGGAGGAGGAGGAAGAAAGAGUAGUGGUGGAGGUGGAGGAGGAUAUGGUGGAGGAGGAGGAGGAGGAAAGAGUGGUGGUGGAGGCGGAGGAGGAUACGGUGGAGGAGGGGGUGGAGGAGGAAAGGGCGGAGGUGGAGGAGGUAGCAGGUACGGCGGAAAAUGAAAGAACCACAAAGAAUUGGCGAGCAAAGAAUUGUCCGUUCCUCCUCCCUCCCCUCCACGGCUCGGCUGCGUCCCGGCUUCCCCGGCUUCCCCGGCGGCCCGGCGCCGUCCUGGCCGUUUCACGGCUUCCCGAUCCUGACACCAUUCCUGCACACACACACACACACACUUGUGUUUAUACAUAUAUAUAUAUAUG